AUGUCAGUUAUUUUAACAUCAGCAGGAUAUGAUCAUACAAUUCGAUUUUGGGAUGCAUUAACAGGAGUUUGUUCAAGAACAAUUCAACAUACAGAAUCCCAAGUCAAUAGAUUAGAAAUAACUAGUGAUAAACGAUUUUUAGCAGCAGCCGGAAAUCCAUAUGUUAGAUUAUAUGAUAUACGACAAACAGGUAAUUCAGGUAAUGGACCUAAUGGUAAUAUAAAUACUGGGUCAUCAUCAUCGUCAACAAAUGCAUCAACAAAUGUAACAAAUAACACAACAACAACAACAAUAGCUAAUAAUAAUAAUGCUAACAAUAAUAAUAAUAAUAAUCCAAAUGCAAUGGUUGGUCCACCAUCAACAUCCAAUACAGGACAAAACAAUUCAAAUAAUAAUCCAGUAAUGACAUUUGAAGGACAUACUACUAAUGUUACAUCUUUACAAUUUCAAGCUGAUAAUAAAUGGAUGGUUACAUCACUGGAAGAUGGGACUGUUAAAGUAUGGGAUGUUAGAUCACCUAGUGUACAGCGAAAUUAUAAACAUCAUUGUCCAGUAAAUGAAGUUGUUAUUCAUCCAAAUCAAGGGGAGUUAAUAAGUUGUGAUCAAGAUGGUAAUAUAAAAGUUUGGGAUCUUGGUGAAAAUCAAUGUACUCAUCAUUUAAUCCCUGAGGAUGAUGUACCUAUAAAUUCUCUUAGUGUUGCUAGUGAUGGGUCAAUGUUAGUUGCUGGUAAUAGCAAAGGUAAUUGUUAUGUUUGGAAGAUGCAAAAUCAAAAAGAUUUAACCAAUUUAACUCCCGUGACUAAAUUUAGAUCUCAUCUGAAAUAUAUUACAAGAGUAUUAUUAUCUACAGACAUGAAACAUUUGGCUACUUGUUCAGCUGAUCAUACUGCUAGAAUCUGGUCAACUGAACAAAAUUUCAAUUUGGAAACUACUUUACAAGGUCAUCAACGUUGGGUUUGGGAUUGUGCUUUUAGUGCAGAUAGUGCUUAUUUAGUAACUGCUUGUUCUGAUCAUUAUGUUAGAUUAUGGGAUUUAUCAAAUAGUGAAACCGUAAGACAGUAUAAUGGACAUCAUAAAGGUGCUGUGUGUGUGGCAUUAAAUGAUGUAUAG